ACGGAUACCUAGCGCCCGGCAGAGCCAUGGCGGCUGCGCACCUCGACCCCAACCUGAACCACACGCCGCACCCCAGCACUAAGACGCACCUGGGGGCCGGCGUGGAGCGCUCCCCCGGGGCGAUGGAGCGGGUCUUAAAGGUCUUUCACUACUUCGAGAACAGCAGCGAGCCGGCCACGUGGGCCAGUAUCAUCCGGCACGGGGACGCCACUGACGUCAGGGGCAUCAUCCAGAAGAUCGUGGACAGCCACAAGGUGAAGCACGUGGCCUGCUACGGGUUCCGCCUCAGUCACCUGCGGUCCGAGGAGGUGCACUGGCUGCAUCUGGACAUGGGCGUCUCCCACGUGCGGGAGAAGUACGAGCUCGCACACCCGCCGGAGGAGUGGAGGUGA